AGACAGAAGCAGUCCUCGUAGACCUUCCAGCUCUGCUCACUACCUAAAGCUCAGCCUCCACCUGCGCAUCCACCAUGUCUGUCACUCUCUCCCGCCAAAGCAGCAGCUACAGCUCCCGCAGCAUCUCCAGCGCCAGCGCGCUCAGCCUGAGCGGGGGGUUGCAGAUCGUCGGGGGCAGCCAGCCACGCAUUUCCACCGGCGGCUCCUACCAGACCCGCGCACCCAGCGUGUACGGGGGAGCGGGAGGUUACGGCACCCGCGUCUCCCAGGCCUACUCACUAACCCCGUACACCGAGACCUCAGUGAUCAACAACGAGAAGGUGACCAUGCAGAACCUCAACGACCGCCUGGCGUCCUACCUGGAGAAGGUGCGCUCCCUGGAGUCAGCCAACAGGAAGCUGGAGCUGCAGAUCAGAGAGUUCUGUGAGAAGAGAACUCCCACUGUUUCCAAAGACUUCACCAGCUACUUCGCCACCAUCACUGAUCUCCGGGCUCAGAUCGCAAGGAGAUACUCAGCGAAUCAAAGUGUCAUCCUACAGAUUGACAACGCUCAACUGGCUGCUGAUGACUUUAAAAUGAAAUAUCAGACGGAGCUGAACAUGCGUACCAUGGUGGAGGCUGAUGUGCUUCGCCUCCGAGGGGUCCGGGACAGCCUGACUCUUACCAUCAGUGACCUGGAGAUGCAGAUAGAAGGUCUGAAACAGGAUUUGGUGUACAUCAAGAACAACCACGAGGAGGAAAUGCGUGCGCUGAGGGUCCAGCAGAGCGGCACUGUGAACGUAGAGGUGGACAGUACAGAAUCAGUUGAUCUGACAAAGAUCCUGCAGGAAAUGAGGGAGCAGUAUGAAGCUCUGGUUGUGAAGAACAAGCUGGAGCUGGAGAAAUGGUACCAAGCCAAGUCGGAUGCUCUCCAGACGGAAAUCUCCUCUUGCACAAUAGAGGUGAAGACAACUUCUACACAGCUGUCAGAGCUAAAGAGGACCCACCAGGAUUUGGAGAUAAAUCGGCAAAGCAUCCUCACAGCGAUUCAGUGCCUGCAGAGCAAUGUGGAAGAAGUGAACAGUCGAUACAGCAUUCAGCUCAGCCAGCUGCAGGGGAACAUCAACAUGUUGGAGUCAGAGCUGCAGCAGCUGAAAGUCUCCGUGGAGCAGCAGCAAUCUGAGUACAACCUGUUGCUGGACAUCAAGAUGAGGUUGGAGCUGGAGAUCGCAGAGUACAGGAGGCUGCUGGAGGGAGACCUCUACGAGAAAAAGACUGUGGUCAUCAGCAAGGUGGUGGAAAAAGUGGAGGAGCAUAAACCCCACAUCGAGAGGCGAGUGAAGACCAUCGUGGAGGAGAUUGUUGAUGGAAAGGUGGUGUCCUCCACGGUUGACACCCAAGUGGAGGACAUUCAGUAAUACCUCUGCUCACCUCUGCUGCAACUAAACUUACAUUUUUAUGAUUUGGAACCAUAAAUAGUGAAUAAUGGACUCCUUCAAAAUCUGCUUAAUGAAUAAUUUGCAAUACUUAAACCACUGCUACAGUACAGUUUAUAUACUUACUAUAUACUACAAAAAUCCUAUUUUUUUUUUUUUAAGUUUGUCUCUUCAGGGGAUCUCCAUGGCCUUUUCCUUCAUUUAUUUUGAUUGCAUUAAAUAGCAAAGUUGCAGCAAGUGAUGAUCUUUCCUUGGCAGAUGCUCAGUCUGAGUAAGUCUGAAACCAAAACGUGAUUAAAAGUCAGAAAACAAAGAUGGAGUUGCUUAUUCUUAAUCACAAAUGUGUAUUACAAUUCAGAAAAGUG